AGUGCAAGUCCUGACAAUGGCAUUGAAGUUGAAAUAGUUGGUAACAUAGUUCUUUAAAAUGGCAUGUGGAUAUGGAUUUUAGUCCACAAGUUCAGAUGUGCAAAUGGUGGAACUGUCUUUUAUUAUUCUACUAGGUGGCAGGAUGGAAAAAAAAAAAAAAAAAGUCUUCCUUUCCCAAUUCUCCUCCUUCCUUAACAACAGGUGUGGAGUCCUAUGCUGUGUUUGGGUCACGGAGUAAGGGAAACCAUCAGUCUUAGCCACCAGUUCACAGGGGUUGAAUGGAGAUGUCCUCGUGCUUAUCAGCAUGACCUCUUCAAGUCCACAGGGGUUUUGCUGCCUUAUCAGCACAGCAUCUAUGUUUUUGUGAGAGUGCCUGUUUUCUACUUGCCCGCAUGUACACCAUCCUUACACACAGUUUUUAGAAUCUUGACAUUUCCCGGGCAAUGCUCCUAAGCAGACUGUGUGAUGUUCGUUCUCCUUUGCCACUUGAAACCCUCAGGUUUCUACCUCCCUCCUUCCUCCUUUCUUCUUUCCCUCCUUCUCUCUCAAGGCCUCCAGGAAGAGUUUUCCAGGUGGUAGAAACCCUUCUCUUUUCCUGAAUCAUCAAGGGACAUCUGUAUUUCUAGGAAUAUUUUGCUAUUUCCAUUCCUUAUUGCCUAUCCACCAUCCAUAAGCAUAAUACUUUGUUAAUUUUCCCAAGGAACUAGGCUUUAAAAACAGACGUUGGGUGAUAAGUGAAGUCUGCAUAAGGGGCGGGCUGAGAAGACAGAGGAUGGAGAAGAGGUCGUGCCAGGAUGGUCAACAGGAAAGAAACUGUUGUUCCGGUGCCCCUGACCUAACAACUGAGAAUGCUGCAAAGAUUCUCAGCACAGCUCUUCAACAGCAAUCAUGACAUCACUGCCGCCGUCUUCUGGAAUUCACUCUUCGUGGAAGAAGAAAGAGGACAUCGCCUACUCACCAUCUUUCAAUAAGCCAUCCAGGCCGGACAGGCAGCAACCGGGCGGUGCGGUCCUAGCGUCUCUGGCUACCGGUGUGUUUUUAGACGACCCGAAAUGAAGUACUUCUUAAAACCGAUCUGCGUUUUUCUUACUUAUCUGGUCUGGGCUUUUGGCUUAAUCCUGGCCCACAGCAGAUCCUGGCGCGUGUGGGACUUUGACAGCGACAUCAUUUCCGUCGUGUUCAUUGGACUCUGGGAAGCUUUCUACCGGCAAAAAUUUAACGUGUCUGGCGUAAUGGUUGAGUUACCGAUGUACAGCGUGAUCAACUCGAGCUGGGUCGUUUCUAAUGAAAUCUCGUAUGGGCAGGACCUGAUGCUGCUGGCGAAUUUUAUGAUGUCGGUGGCCCUGAUUUUUAGCUCGGUGGCGCUUCUCGUCAGCAGGGUCAAGGGCGCGUACCCCGAUUUCCUCCGAUUGUGCUACAGGGCGUCUGCGCUGUUGCUCUCCCUCAGCUGCGCCUGUGCCACGACCACAGAAUCACAACUUCCAUCCUUUUGCUAGUAACUGCCCUCCUAUUCUCCUGUGAAAGGUGUUCAAUAAAACCACCGA